AGAGAAUAAAUGGAGUUCAUUUGGAAAACUCUCUCAUACACACCCUACCUUCUCUCUCUCUUGUUUUUCCUAAUCUUCCUGGAGCAGAUCUCUUACCUGAAGAAGAAAAGGCACAUCCCAGGCCCAACUUUUGUCCUCCCAUUCAUCGGAAACGCAAUCUCUUUAGUCCGAGACCCAACAAAGUUCUGGGACCUCCAAUCCUCCUACGCCAAGUCCACCUCCGGCGGCUUCUCCGCCAACUACAUCGUCGGCCGGUUCAUCCUCUUCAUUCGCUCCACUAAUCUCUCACACAAGAUCUUCUCCAACGUCCGUCCCGACGCCUUCCACCUCGUCGGACACCCAUUUGGAAAAAAACUCUUCGGUGAGCACAAUCUCAUCUACAUGUUUGGCCAAGACCACAAAGACCUCCGCCGCCGAAUUGCCCCAAAUUUCACCCCCAAGGCUCUCUCCACUUACAUUUCCAUUCAGCAAAUCAUCAUCCUCGAACACUUGAAAUCAUGGGUCCACUUAUCUUCUUCAACCCCCAUGGACCCAAUCCCUCUUAGAUUCCUCUGUCGAGAUAUGAAUCUCGAAACAUCCCAGGAAGUAAUUGUUGGUCCUUAUUUAAGCAAAGAAUCGAGACAAAGAUUCAACAAAGAUUACAAUUUCUUCAACGUUGGUCUGAUGAAACUCCCAAUAGAUUUUCCUGGAUUUGCUUUUAGAAACGCUAGGCUCGCUGUAUUGAGGCUUGUUCAAACUCUAUCAACAUGCGCAGAGGAAAGUAAAUCAAGAAUCAAUGCUGGGUAUGAACCAGUUUGUCUGAUCGAUUUUUGGAUGCAAGAAAAUCUUAGAGAAAUCGCGGCUGCCAAACACGCCGGCGACGAAGACCCACCUCACUCUAGUAGUAAAGAAAUCGGUGGCCAUUUGUUCGAUUUUCUCUUUGCUGCCCAAGACGCUUCCACUUCCUCUCUCCUCUGGGCAGUGACCCUUUUGGAUUCACACCCAGAGGUCUUAGCAAGAGUUCGUGAGGAGGUCGCCGAAGUUUGGACGCCGGAUUCUGACACAUCCAUCACCACCGAUCAGCUCAGAGAAAUGCGGUACACAGAGGCGGUAGCCAGAGAGGUAGUGAGAUUCCGAGCUCCGGCGACUAUGGUGCCACACAUCGCCGGAGAGAACUUCCAGUUAACGGAAGAUUACACGAUUCCGAAGGGAACAAUUGUGUUUCCGUCGGUUUUCGAGAGUUCAUUUCAGGGGUUUGUUGAACCGGACCGGUUCGACCCUGACAGGUUCAUGGAGGAGAGACAGGAGGACCGGGUAUACAAGAAGAACUUUUUAGCGUUUGGAGCUGGGGCUCACCAGUGUGUGGGCCAGAGGUACGCUAUCAAUCACUUGGUGCUCUUCAUCGCCUUGUUUACGUCGUUGAUUGAUUUUAAAAGGCACCGAACGGACGGAUGUGACGACAUAGCGUAUGUCCCCACUAUUUGUCCGAAAGACGAUUGCAAAGUUUUUCUUUCCACGAGGUGCAGGCGAUUUCCAUCUCUUUCAUGACAAAAAUCAUUAUUGUUUGAUUUUAUGAAUUCUAUUCUUUUUUUUUUUGGGGGGGUUAUGAAAUUCUAUUCUUUGGGGGCAUUGUUGUAAUUGACAAUAUUUGUUGUUGG